AUGGCACAUGUGUACGAGAACAAUGAGUUGGUGGAUAUGAUCUUAAUUUACGGUGAAUGCCAUCAGAAUGCUGGUGCAGCUUCGCGCGUUUAUUCUGAACGUUUUCCAUUACGUAUCCACCCCAAACCAGCUGCAUUUGUGCGUCUAAUUCAGAGAGCUCGAGAUUAUGGAGAAUUACGGGAAAAUCGGGGAAGACAUGCUGGAAGGGGUAGACCGCCUCAAAUGCUUGCAGUUGAAGAGGAAAUUAAUAAUUUGAUUGACGAUGAUCCCGCAACUAGUUCUGGAGAAAUUGCAAGACGGUGGGUGUUAGUCAAAUGA